CUGUUGAUAUAGCAUACUGGCGCGCGUGAUGACUGUAUAAGGUUCGUCUGAGUGUUGCCUGCAGCUGCCACAGCGAAGAUGGCAGACGCUCUGAGCAAAGUGCCCGAUGUCGACAUUGAUCCGGAAGGAAAGUUUAAAUACAUAUUAGUGAACAUAAAGGUUAAAGGUGGAACGGAACAAAAAGUGAUAGUGAGGGGAACUAAAACUGCGGAGUACCACAAUCACAUAUUUGAAAAAGUGAAUCCUGCUAUGGAGGCUUUGGGACUGGAGUGUAGUUGUCUUGGUGGUGGCAAGAUUGAGCACAACAACACAGAAAAGAAACUUCGGGUGUUUGGAGAGUCUACGGGAUAUGGGAAGGCUGACCAUGCUCUCACAGUGGAAAAGCUCAAAUCUGUCUUCAAAGACUAUGAAAUCACUAUGGAAUAAAAGUCUAAAUUGAUCACUCUAAAUUCAAGGGCAUGAACAUUUUGUGAAAGUAUACAAUUUGAUAACACUUCAGCUGUACCUCAUUUUCAUUUGGAUAAAAGUAAAUAAAUGUUCACUCACUGGUCUGUCAGCAGUGUCAAAGUUGAGGUUAGAUCACUGACCUUGAUAGCGAGGCCUAACCUGCACAGGAACUCUGCAUGUGUUUUGCAGAGUGAUAAACAUAUCCAGUCUCCUGUCUCCAUCACGGAAUGUGUCUGUGUAGAGAUCAGGGACAGAUAAAAGAGUGUCUGUAUGAUUCAUCAUAUGUCUAAUUUGCUACUGGAAUUCAUUGAGAAAUUUGGCAUUGAGAUACAAGCAUUCAGUGUUUGGAUUCAUAUUUGGUGAGAAAACAUUUUACUGACUCAAUCGCUCGGUUUUAAUCAUUACAAUUAAAUUGUAAAGGCCCAUUAUUGUGUGAAGUCUUACAUUUGUAUAGUUAUAGUGUGAUUUUCAGUAGAACCCUUAAUGGAUCUUAUUUUAUAGAUGGCAUGUGUUUUGAACAUAAGUGAUUUUCCCAUCCUGUUUCUUAAGUUGAAACCUUUACCAGUUUCCUCUAGCCUACCCUGAGACCCUGAAUAUGACCCUCAUUGUCUAUUACCAUUAAGAGGUUAAACGAGAGAGCUUGCACAGCAAGACUAUUUUUACACUAAAUAGUGUAUUCAUUGUUCAAUUAAAGUUUUCCUAAAAGGUGCCAGUGCAAAGUGUUUUGUUUUUUU